AUGAUUCCACAACCAUCCACAACCGUUCAUCAUACUUUGGAUGAUGAAACGUACUUGUAUCUCUAUGAAAUUGAACGUCGAUAUCAAUAUAAAGGUUGGGAGGUUUCAGUGGGACAACAACAUAUAAAUGCUUCAUCUCGCAUGAGAGUGGGUCCCCUCUCGUUUCUAGACACCGAUGAAGCCAUUCAAAAAAUUGAAACCAAUCAAUCUGAUUUAUUUGUGCUCACCACUUCGGGAAGGCUAUUUCAUUGUGCAAUUACACGCAAGAUUAAUGGCAUUUGUAGAUUAAAUCAUUUCGAAAUUAAAUCGUUGAAGGACAGCAAAGAUGAUGAUCUCAUUGUCGAUGUUAGUUGUGGGUCGGAGCAUACAAUAAUAUUGACAAAGAAUGGAAAGGCAUAUGCCAAAGGAGUAAGUAAUUUUGCAUCAUUAUUGUUGUGUGAAAGAAUGUGUCAAUAUCCAUCUUACACCUAUGAAUAUCAUUACACAUGGGCCUCUUGCAACAAUCCACAAAAGACAAACCAGUAUGGUCAACUUGGAAUGAACGAUUUGUGCCCUCGAACCAAUUUUACAUUGAUUCCUUUUUUUGAAAAAUUUUGCUCCAAGGUUAGAUCUUCCAGAUACAGAACACUUGUGGAUUACCCUAUUGAAGUGGUUUGUGGCAGUUUAUUUACAGUGUUCAAGAUGAAAAGUGGAACGAUUUAUUCAUGUGGAUCAAAUUUCUAUGGCCAAAUCGAUCCCUCUCAAUCAAAAAAUGCAUAUGUCAUGAAACCAACAAGAAUUACUCAUUUUGAAAAGAAAGCAUUGAAAGUAGAUGCAGUGUAUUGUGGAUCAUCAUAUACAGUUUUCUCAGUACAAGGUAAACUUUACAAGUUUGGAACUGACGCCAAAGCUAUCGACAAUAUUACCUUAGCAAGUCCAUUCGAUAACAUUGAAAAAGUGUUUUGUGGCAGAUCCAAUACCGUGCUCAUUUCAAAGUUCAAUAAUAUGAUUAUUAACGAUACUCAGUCACAUCUAGAGAUUCCUUUUCAAAAGGACUCAACGUGUACCUACGAUCCUAUUAGAGGCUUUUUCCCAAAUAUUAUGGGAGAGUAUUUAUUUAACAGGAGAGGUAUAAUAGAAUUAACAAACCCUGAUAAGGCUUAUCUGAGUGUGGAUAAGGACGUGCAAUUUUUUGGAAAGUUUAGUGAAUAUUUAGGAUUUGUUAGCUUAAAGUACAUGGCACCUACUUCCUUCAGAAAAGAAUAUAAUCUUAUUGAUUCAUUGCUGGAGAAAACCAAGAAAUUCAAAUCUUCAACUGAUGUAAUCAAAGUGGGAAAUGGUGAGGUGAUUGCAUUCCUGCCAUUCAUCAAAAAGAAAUAUAUUCCUCUCUAUGAGUUGCUACACAAGAGUAACCUACACGUUUCUGAACAUUCCACUCGUAUUAUACAAAAUUUAGUGGACUAUUGUUUCACAGAAAACACAUCAUUUAUCAGUGAUUACAAUUAUGAAAUGAUUCUAGAGAUUGUUUAUUUUUUGGAAUUGACAUUGUUUAGUCAUGACUUUUUUACUGUACAUUUGCUUUUUGCCAUUCGAAACCAAUUAUCAAACAUUUAUGACAUUGAGAAUUAUGGCCGAGACAAAGAGAAACAAAGCAAAUAUGUAAAGUUGUUACUUGACCAAAACAUUUAUGGCUCAGUUCUUCCUGCAAUGACGGCCAUAAUGAUUCCUGAUCCCGUUAAUAGAGCAGAUACAAAAUACUUAAAGAGAAAUGAUAUUCAAGCCAUUCAAGAUUUGUAUAACAAUGUAGAAACAAGUGAUAUCAUCUUAGUUUUGGAUAGGAAAUGGAUGAAGAAAAUUCAUUGUCACAAAACACUACUAGCGUCUCAAAGCAUGUUCUUUGAAGCCUAUUUCAAUGGACAGUUCUCCGUGUCAAAAGAAAUCAAUGUUUUCACAGACCAAGAGGAUCCUGUUCUAGAAGAUGACUAUGAAGACGAAGAAGAGUCCAACAUCAAAACUCGAUCAUUGGAAAAAGUGUUCAUGAUGUUUUAUGGCAUUCAACCUGAAGUGGAGAAUGAGCUAGUUAUUAGCACAUUGGAUUGUGCUCACAAAUACAGCUGUGAAAGAAUAGUUUCCGAAUGCGUCAAUCUGUUUGAAAGAUCAUUGAACGAAGAAUCUUUUGAAAUGGUAAAAAAUUGGUUAGAUUCCAUCGAUUCCAGCGAACGAACCGACGUACAAAAUCUACUCUUAGCCACCACAACAAAGUGGGACUCCAAACAAUCAAGCAAGCAUUUUGCAUUCAACAACAAGGAACUUAGAGAGAAGAUGAAGCCUUUCAUUGAAAAUUUCGGUGGAUUUGUUGACGACAAGUUUAAUCCUGAUACCACAACCCAUUACAUUUGCUCAGGCUCACCAUCGUUGGAUGAUUUAGGAUUCAUUGCUGCAGUUGUUGGCAAUUGCUCUCUACUCAUGGACUCUUAUAUCACAUCAUGUGUGGAGUGUGGUCAAUUUCUUGAGGAAGAUCCCUAUAUAGUGAAAACUCCUUUGGAUGAAAAAGUUGCACAAUUACUCGCUCUUAAUGAUCGAAACAGAAAGAGUGGUGAAAAAAUGUUCGCGUCACUUCGAUUCCAUCUCGUAUUUAAUAGUACAAUCAAGAAAAGACGCUGGGAGAGAAUACUCAAAAGUGGAGGAGGACAAAUUGCAGAAGAUGACGACAGUAAUCGUUUAGAUUUUUAUGCAACGCAUAUUGUGUGUGACUCGAAAAUGAAACGAAAAACAAAACUUAGAGAUGCUGUUAAAUUUAAAAUGCAAACACCAAUCGUUGUGGAUUGUAAGGAUAUGAUCGAUGUUAUUUUGACAGGAGAUUGGGAAAGUUAUUCCUGUCACGACCUUCUUCGAGAGUCAGAAAAGAAGAAGUCCAAAGGAUCAGAAGAAGAAGAAGAUUAA